AUGGCUGCACAGAGACCCGACCCGGCUGAUCCAGGAACUACCUACAUGGACGUCCUCGCAAUCGCUUCCGAGAUACGCCGGCUGCACUUGCACAGUAACGAAGGCGAGGUCAAUGGAGUCUGGAACUCCGUCUUAAACUGGGUUUUUGACCCAGUUAAUGGGUUCAUCACCAAGCCCCAGGCAAUGCACACUGGUACCGGAGGGGCCAGGGACUUUUCCGACUUUCAUACCCUCGCAGUGGCAGGAAGAACACGCCAUUCCUUCCUCAUCACGCAGUGCAAGUCUCCAGAUGGCGAAGGCAAGAAAUCGGUUUGGGCAGACGGGGAAGCCCAGCUCCUGAGAUACCUCAGGAUGGAACAUUCAAACCGCCGCGGCCCUCAGCGCCCCGCCUAUGGAAUCCUCGCCAUUGGAAGAAGGGUGCGAUUCUUCCAGUAUUAUCGAGCCAUAGACGAUAUCAGGGGUUGGCGCCCGAGCCGCCCAAUUCCCGACCGCAGAGGUGAUAGAGAUUUCUAUCAUCUUGAGCGAGAGGCUACUCAGGUUCAGAUGGCCCUAAGAGACAUACUUAACCACCACUGA